AUGGCAAUGGUAGUAAACCAGUGGCAGGAGAGCAUUUCAGCAGAUCCAGGGUCCCAGCUCCAGAUUUGCAACCAGGAGCCAGGCGGGACACCGGGGACACCCUCCGGAUCCACACCAGGGAAUGAUGCCCUUUCCGGUGACAAAAUACCCAACGUGGACUGCAUGGUGUGCGGGGAUAAAUCAAGCGGCAAACAUUACGGCCAAUUUACCUGCGAAGGCUGCAAGAGUUUUUUCAAGCGUUCAGUACGUCGGAACCUGAGUUACACUUGCAGGGGAAAUCGAGACUGCCCCAUCGACCAGCACCAUCGGAAUCAAUGCCAGUAUUGCCGCUUAAAGAAGUGCCUAAAAGUCGGAAUGAGGAGAGAGGCUGUGCAGCGUGGACGCAUGUCCAACUCCCAGUCCAGCCCGGGACAGUACCUGACCAAUGGCAGCGAGGUCUACAACGGGCAGCCCUACCUGUCGGGCUUCAUCUCCCUGCUACUGCGGGCAGAGCCAUACCCGACUUCUCGCUAUGGAGCCCAGUGCAUGCAGUCUAACAACCUGAUGGGCAUCGAGAACAUCUGUGAGCUGGCCGCCCGCCUGCUCUUCAGCGCCGUGGAGUGGGCCAAGAACAUCCCCUUCUUCCCCGAUUUGCAGCUCAUGGACCAGGUGGCGCUGUUGCGCAUGUCGUGGAGCGAGCUGUUUGUUCUGAAUGCCGCCCAGUGCUCUAUGCCCCUGCACGUGGCUCCCCUGCUGGCCGCCGCCGGCCUGCACGCCUCGCCCAUGUCCGCCGAGCGAGUGGUGGCCUUCAUGGACCACAUCCGCGUCUUCCAGGAGCAGGUGGAGAAGCUGAAGGCCCUGCAGGUGGACACGGCCGAGUACUCCUGCCUCAAGUCCAUCGUGCUCUUCACCUCCGAUGCCAUGGGCCUGUCAGAUGUGGCCCACGUGGAGAGCAUCCAGGAGAAGUCCCAGUGUGCCCUGGAAGAGUACGUGCGCAACCAGUACCCCGGCCAGCCCAACCGCUUUGGCCGGCUGCUGCUUCGGCUGCCCUCCCUGCGCAUCGUCUCCUCGCCCGUCAUCGAGCAGCUCUUCUUCGUUCGGCUGGUGGGGAAGACGCCCAUCGAGACCCUGCUGCGUGACAUGCUGCUCUCCGGCUCCAGCUACAACUGGCCCUACAUGCCUGUCCAGAGGGAGCGGCCGCUUGCCCUCCACUACAACGAGAACGGGCCCUGACCACGCCCCCGCGCUCACCUGGGGACCGUGGCCACCCAACAGACUCCGCCCACAAAGCCCAUCCCACAUCAGCACCCACUUGUUUUUAACAAUGCCCCUGACCAAAUGCUCUGAUGUGGUCAAUGGGUCAGACUCAUGAAAUCCGUCACAUGAAUUUAAGUACAGUUGGAUUCAAAGGAGACUGACACAGCGAAGGGACAUGUGCCAAUAUGCCUCCAUCAAGUUAGAGGAAAGUAUUUUAACAUUUCAGGAACCUGUUACUGAUGGCAGGUUACUCAGCAAUAUCUCCAGAUCGAUAAAGACUUGAUUUGGCAACGGACAUACUUGACUGAAAAAGCCUAAUCUUUAUCUCUCUGAAGCCAGCAUCUGAAAGUUUUAAGAAUUAAGAAUAUAAAGACACAACAAACCUCCAAGCCAAUGCCAAAUAUGCCAGGACAAUCAUAUAACUUCGGUGUGAAGGCAUUUAAGGUUCACCACCAGCAUAAAAGGAACUCCAGAACUCUGUAAGUGUCCAGGCAAAGUGAAUAGAGAACUUCAGCAGAACUGUUCGGGUUGGCAGGGAGUUGGUCAGAUGUACCAGCCAUGAUCUAGUGAGCAUACAUUGCCAAAGCAGAGGCAUUCUGUAGGAUUUAUUUGGAAGAUUUAUUUGGACUUCUGUGGUAAGAGACACAUCAAUACAGACAUUUUAUUUUGUCUCCAGGAAAGAGGCUUGUGCCACUCAUUUGAUGACUACUCAGAUAUAUCAAGGCUUCAGACCAUGUGGGAUGUGGUAAAAAAAGGUAUUACUUGGGACUAGGAACCAAAAGGUCAGAACAGUGCAGGGACAGGAUGGACAGAAAUGAAUAACAAACUAUCCUUCACUCCACAAACUCUCAAAAAUCUUGGCAUAUACCUACGCUCUGCUGCAACCAUAUCAGUGAAUUUGCUUGUACAAUAUCAUUGUAAUCUCUAAAACUCAGCAAAAAUUUACAGGCAACUCAUAGGUAGUGAGCACCUAUUGUAGUGUAGACACUAUUUUUGUGUUAUCCUCAAUAAGAUAAACAAUACAAAGCAGCUUGAAUGGUCAAACUCUUGUCUAAUGCUGUGACAUUGCACCACAGCAUCAGAAGUACAGAAAAGCAGGAAUUUGUAAGCCAUCAGGACAGUGGACACAAGGAUCUGUCUGUCUUGGAAUUGUUUGUAGGUAAAAUAAUUUCUAUGAGAGUUUGUUUUGUUUCUCUAUUUUUUUGUUUUUGUUGGGAAGGCGGCCUGGAUCCAUUGGUUAAAAAUAAAAUUUGCAGUUAAAAAUGUCGCCCCUGCUUGUAAUAAUUUAGCCAAACUGAUUCCACUAUCUCUCAUAAAAACACCUUUCAUUAUAGUCACCGACCCAACAGCUACUGCAGCUUUAUUUUCGAACAUUCUUUACAGAGUGUGGUAACAUAACAUGUGUAUAACCUUCAUUGGCAAACAAACCCCAGAGUCACAGAAGUGUUCCAAAGGGCAGGUGUUCUGUGUGGAAAUGUUUGAUAUGCAAUACCCUGUAACCUUGUGGCCUUGUUUCCUUGAGUUGCGUGUCAAGUGCGCGAGUGACUUACACCCUCAUUCCAGAGCUGUCACUCCUGACUCAACACUGUGACCUUACUACUCCAAUCCUGCAGUCUCCUUGAAUAUAAAGCACAUGU